GUUAAGGUGCAUACGGUAUAUAAAGAGUUAGUAUUUAUAUGAACGAGACACAUGCUCUACGUUUGUUGAAUUGCCACAAACAGAUCGUAUAUUAAUUGGUGAAACACUGAGUACAUCAACAACAGUUUUUGGUCAUAUCAUUGGAGUAAAAUGGUGUUGUUGAUUAUGUGUGUACACGUGAUUUUCUGCUAAAUGCUCUCUAAACAUUUUACAGUUGUUAAAUGUUUAUUGAUGAAACUUUAAAAAACUUAACGAAAUUUCGAAGAACGAUGAGUGUUUGUGUGUUAAUGGAAGUUCGGAAAUGUUUUUUUCUGCUCCUUAAUUGUUGGUUAAUAUACCAGUCGGUACAUUUACCCAUUACAUGGCAUUAAUAAAUUGUGACAGCUGGACCAAAGCAACAUAUGCUCUGUAUUUCGUUCGUGAUAUUGAGUUAAUUUUUCCAUAGAUUUUCUACUUAGUGAAAGGCGCUGUUAUGGCACAAGUGGACCAAGAAAGCAUGCAGCCUGUGGAAAGGAUUCGAGCACGCCUGAUUUCAAACAUUGCAAUAGUGCGCGUUGCAGUUGCAAUCUUUGGAGUGGGUUUGUUGGUUGGCAUAAUUGUCCCUGUCGUGCUUACGGGGCUAUCUAAGACGGAAGACGAUCUUCCCAAGUACACAGCCACGUGCGUUCUUGUCGAUUACACGCUGUUGAAACCGAUACAGACUCGCUGCAGCAUAUCGGUUCUGUUAGAAAAAGGCAUCGGUAUAGACGUAAACCGAACGUCAUUCUCUCUCAAUAGCGGCGAAGUGUUACCAGUCAACUGCUCCUAUCAAGUUACGGAUGGGGUAAUUUCUUGCCAAGGGCCGCAUGUAACGUGUCAGUUCCGCGGGACUCUCUCAAUCGCAUUCUUUGACAAUGCUGGCAACUCUGUUCUGGACAAAAUACUAUUAAAUUUAGGUUCGCCCAUUCCUCCCAUGGUGACAAGUGUGGUUCAAGUCUUUGAGCCUGUUGGUAAAAAUCUAACGUCGAAUUUCAACUUUUCUUGUUCCGUGACGUCAUCAUGCGAUACGUAUACCAUGGCUCUAUACGUCGGUGGAAAUCUUCAUCUCACUGAAGAGGACGCACUUAUUUGCAUAAACACAUCGAUGACAGAGGGAGGAUACAACAAGAGCUGCGUGUUUAAAGUCGACGAAGAUGUGAUACGCCAACAACGUAGUAUGGACAUUUCAUGCGCUCUCCUUCAAAAUGUUGUCCUUGCUAAGCAAGAAAAGUUCCUUCUGCCUAUGUGUUCGAAUAAAUCAUCCGACUGCAACUGUUCAGCUAAGGAAACUUCCUGUGACGAAAUUUGUACAAAAGUAGGAACCUGUCUGAAACACGACGCAACAUCGAGAUAUCAAAACAUUACCACUGAGGCUGUUAUUUUGAAGCCUAUCUGUCCAGUUUUAUGCACCCCGAAGUGGUGUCGUAAUACAUUCAAUGAUGAUAAAACUAAGACAGUGAUAUCGGAAAUCUUACACGCCAUGUGCCCGAACUCAUGAAAUGACACAAUCAGCUUUUUAAACUCUUUAACGUAUUGGAGCUAAAUAUCUCACUCAGGAAAUGAAUUUUCGUAAAAGAAGAUACACACUUUGUUGUUAUGUAAUGAAAAAUGAUGUACUAUUGUAGUUAUGUGAUAUUUAAAUCCUUAAUAUAUUGCUAUAUGAGCUGCCAAAUCAUAUUGUAUGUGUUGCAAUAGAUUAUGUUUUGACAACAGUAUUUAUUUUUAAAUAUGUAUUUAUUAAUGCAGUGUUUGCAUAUGUAUAUAAUGUUAUGUUAAAUGUCUGAAGUGAAGGAGUAGUUGAUACCUGCAUGUAGGUAUUGUUUGUACAAAUAUAAACCAGCACAUUAAAACCAGAUUGUCUCCUGCAUCUUAACACGUGACGGUGCUCUCAAAAAUAUGGCAUAAUUAUACCCAGACAAGCGUAGGCUUUAAAAACAAUGUGUUUUAAGAUAGGCGUCUACAUUUACAAUGCAUGUAUUAUUUUGACAUAACUUCAACAGUGAGGUUGCUUUAUUUGAUAAUGAGCUGUUUUUGCUCCCAUUGACAUUGCAUCUUAAUUAGGGCUCUAUAUGUGUUCUAUAAGUUUCAUUAUAAGUGUCAUUAGUGUUUAUUUAUUAUUUAUAAUUAUUACUACUGUUCAUGCAUAUCGUUCAUUUCUGUAAUUAUACCUCCAUAUUGUUACUCAUGUGUGUUGUAAUUAUUGUUGUUUUUGUUGUUUUCCGUGUGUUCAAAUUUUGUAUUUAUGGGCAUUUAAAACAUAUGGCUAUAUUACUCGGAAAGUUUGUCAAUUUAUGGAAUGAUAAAACGAUUGCGGCCAUCAUAUAUUCCAUGUAUAUUUCGUUUGUACCACGGUCUGGAACUGUGGAAAAAAUUCCAAAUACAAAUAUUCACAGCUGUAUUAUUUGAACUAACAUAAGCUUUGAUUAGUAUUUUUUCAUAUUCGUCAUCGUUUUCCUUUGUAAAGGUUAAUUCUCUUUAAAUAGCAGUUGAACCCUCUUAAAGAAAAAUGAGAUGUGAAUAUAGCUGUUUAUAUGCAUGUUGUUGUUGUUGUUUGUUUUAUUUAAUAGAAACAAUAUACGGUCAAGAUAAACAAUAUAUGGCGUAGAACGUGUAUGGCAUUUUAUAAGUCAAAACCCGUAAAGUGUCUUGGUUUUGAUAUAUACACUCGGAAGGAACACAAAGUAUCAAGUGACACCAAAACGUCACCGUCAGUUUUGAAAAUGAAAGUAAAACGUCCGCUCAAGGUAAGUUAUUUGUAAAUAUCUGUUUUAGUUGU